GUUUUGGCGGUUAUAAAGGAAACAGUCUUUUCUUCUCUUUUCUAAUUUCUGGUGAGAGCUUCUUUCCUCAAUUCUGAAUCUAAGUGUUGAGAGUAUCCAUGGCGGAUGAGAUUAGAGGGGAAUCACGUCGAGAACCCAAUUCUUCAAAGUAUGUGAUAUUUAGAAAUGAGUUUGUGGAUGACAUGAUGUUUGGAUUUGAUAGGGUUGGUGAUGGUUUUGACAAAGCAAAAUCUCAAGUAAGGGCUGUGUAUGAUCAAGCUGUGGGUGAUAUUGAUUUUUCUAUCGCCUACAUCAAAGCUGAAUUAACCGAGUUGGAGAGUAUGUAUAGUGGUCUCAGGAAGGAUUAUCUUUCUUAUCUGAAUGAAGCUGAGAGAAAAAGGGAAGGGUUGAGGUUUGAGAUCACCGUAACCAGAAAUCCAGCCACCGAUCACAGUCUUAAGAUCUCAAAUACUCAAUUAACUGAAAACCCCAUCAUCCGUGAUCAUGACAGUGAGUUCUUCAAUGAAUUUGAUACAAUUGCUUUUGAUGAUCAAGACAAUCCUUCUUCUACAGAUCCAACACAGAAAACCUUUCUCUCAACUUCUCACUCCGAUCUAACACAAAACACCGAUAUCUCAACAUCUCACACAGAUCUUGAUCAAGAAAAUCCUUCUACGGAUUUAACACAAAAAGCUCUCUCAACUUCUCACUCCGAUCUAACACAAAACACGGGUCUCUCUACAUCUCACACAGAGCUAACCGUAGAGAAUCAAAACCCUGAUCAAAAUGUAGAGAAUCAACAGCCUGAGAAUCAAAGGCGAAAGAAAAAGCAGAGUAAGGAGCUGGUUGUCCGUACGACAGGAGCUGUGACUAGAAGCCUAAAGAAGAUUGUAGAUGCUCGUACCAGACUCGAAAAAAUGGCCGUAGCAGCAGAAUCUGAAGCAGCGCGUCUAGUAAAUGCCAGGAGUACAUCUAAAACCACAAGAAGGAAAUCACGGGUUCGAGUGGUGCCUCAAAUUCAACUCAAUGAGAAUAUUCUAAAUCAACAACAAAAUCAUGUGAAUCAAGUACAGAAUCUGCUCAAUCAACAAAACCUGCAACCAAAUCAACAACAAAAUCUUCUCAAUCUGCAAGAUCAGCAGCAAAAUCUAGAGGACAACGACAUAAAUCCUGAUGAUCCACCAAAUCUAGAGGUUAAUGUUCCACGUUUUCCUCACCAACUGUUUGAUUUGUUGAAUUCUGGUCCUGGCUACAUUAAGUGGUUCGGAGUUGCUUCUUUUGUGGUACCUUCCAUUAUAGCGUUUAAUCAGCAGCACAACCCAGCCAUUAUUGGAAAUUGGGAUGCUAUUAAAGACCAACUCAGAAAUCAUGAUUUUUGUGUGCAUGAAUGUGUGGAAGACACGGCCCGAUUUCACCGUAAAUACUUCACUAAGUUCUCGAAAGCUGAGCAUCUGGAUUUAAUCGGCGAGAAUCAAAGAGAUGGCCGCAUGAACCCAAAUGAUUUUGAAGAGCAGGUGGAGGAUGAAGCUUGGGCGAAGGAGCUGGCGGAAGCUCCUGGAACUAACUUUCAUAAAAUGGCAGCCACUCUAUUACCUUAGAAGGAAAAAGUUGAGAGUAAGGAUUCGACGGAUUGAAUUUUGAUUUAGAAGAAAUUGAGUUUAAGCAGUAGAAGGGAAGUUUAGAUUUUCAGUUUUUGAACAUAUAUGCAAAGGUAGUAAGUAAUCUGGAAUCAUUUUGAAGGAUCGAAGAAUAGUAGUAGUAUAAACUAGAGAGGACAAGAUCUAAUGUUUUUGAUCAUCAGUGUUUCUAAUUGAAUGUAAUCUCUUUGUUUUUUUUUCCUUGUUGUUAAGUACCAGUAAAAACUCUUUCUUA